GCGAUAUUGGUGCUUGGCGCUUCGCGAAUAGCAUCGUGAAUUUGGUGUCCUACGUGCUCGGUGCUUCCGCGGAGCAUUGUGGACUCUGUGCUUCCUGCUUCCUGCUUCGUCCUUGCUACUUCGUGGAUGCGGUGCCUUGGAGCAUCAUCGUGAAUUCGGUGCUUGGUGCAUCCUGGGCUCGUGGUGAAUUCGGUGCAUGGUUCGUGGUGAAUCAGUGGUCCAUGCUACUUGGUGCUCCGUGCUCCGUGCUUAGUGCUUUGGUGCUUAGUGCUUUGGUGCUUGGUACUUUUUGUGAGUGUGUGCUUUGGUGAAUCGGUGCUGCGUGGAUCGCUGCUUCAUUCGCGCGUGGAUCGUGAGAGUUCCUGCUAAGUGCUCCAACGUGAGCUUCGACGUGGAUUCCUGCUAGAGAGGCGCGUUAAGUGCAUGGAACAGGCCCGUGCCGAAAACUCGAAUACAACGUGUAUAUGCGUUAUGUUGUUCCUGGUGGUCUAUUUGGGUAAGAAGAGAUCUUGAGGCUGUAAAGCUCUGCUGAAGGAAGUGGAAUUGAAAGCAAGAGGGCUUGGCCGUUGGAAAAGCAUCUUGGGAAAAGGCUAUCUGACUAAGAAAACAGGAGGAAGGAGGGAGGAGGGAGGAGGGAGGAGAAGGGACGGUGCGAAGAAGUCAUGGCAAGCAUCUUGAAGAAGAUUGGUGAGGCUUUCACCUUUGGAAAGCCGACCGCCGAUUUCAAGGGGAUGAAGAUACCGCACAUCUCAACAAAAGACAUCAAAUUGGUCUUCCACAUCGAGGUGAAGAACCCGAACCCGAUCCCGAUCCCUCUCUGCGACAUUGUGUACAAAAUCGUGAUCAAUGACCGAGAGUUUGUCAAGGGGACCAGUCCCGAUGCUGGGACAUUGCACUCUCACGACUCCAAGGUGAUUGAUAUCGGGGUGGAUCUUGUCUUCAAGGACAUCCGCGACACAUUUACCGACUUGCAGCCCGGCUCAAUGGUGAAUUAUUUGCUCAGGGCCACUUUUCUUGUGGAUAUCCCUGUCUUUGGGCGAUUCGAGAUACCGAUCGAUCACGACGGUGAAUUUCCGAUGCCAGCGAUACCCGAUAUAGAUGUGGACGAAAUAGAUUGGGUUGAUUUGUCGUUUACGGAGACGAAGGCGGUGGCGUACGUAAAGCUGGAGAAUUUAAACAAAUUCACGAUGAAAAUCAAGACCUUUGAGUACAAGUUGUAUCUGACGGACGAUCUGAUCUCUGAGGGGAUGAUGGACCCGUCGAUGGGACUGGCGGAGAAGGAGGUGACCAGGCUGACGGUCCCGUUCACGUUCCGACCCAAGGACAUGGGCCGGGCGAUUUGGGACAUAAUAAGAGGGCAUGAAUCUGGGUACACAUUGGAGGGAAAAGUGACCGUGGAAUCGCCGUUUGGUCCCAUUGAGCUUCCAUUUAAGAAGGGAGGCGCUACGACGUUGAAGAAGGCGAGAUCGACGGAUGAAGAGACGGUGAAGGAGGAGGCUGAGAAGAGUGCGGCGGCUGCUGCCGCUGAUCGGUUCUUUGAUGACUGUGUCACAGAGGAUGGGGAGGAGGUAAGGCAAGACACAGGAGAGAGUCCACGUGUACUUACUUUGAGAGGUGGUUAUGAUGGCUAUUUGGCUAUUGGAGGUGGUUAUGAUGGCUAUUUGGCUAUCGGAGGUGGUUAUGAACGGCUCUUUGAUGACGGUGACACAGAGGAUGGGGAGGAGGUAAGGCAGGAACAGAAGAGAGUCCACAUGUUCUUACUUUGAGAGGUGGUGACGAUGGCUAUUUGGCUAUUGGAGGGGGUUAUGUCGAUGUGGCUGUUUGAGCUGGUUAUUGCUUAUUUUUCACUACAGGAGGUGGUGACUAUGGCUAUUUGGCUAUUUUCGAUUUGCCGUGGUGAUGGCUAAAUCAUUUGGCUAUUUGAGUCGUUGACUGGCUGGUAGACGGUUUGGCGACCUUGGGUUUGAAGUCUUUUGAUGUAUUUUAGCUGUAUCCGCAAAGACGGUCAAAUUCUGAGAGGAUGGGACGGAUAUGGGGGUUCGGUUUGGUUUGGUUUCGGUACGCACGUUCUUCUCCUUUCAAUCGUGGUUUGGAGUCCCCAUUUGGUCCUAUCUUCCCAUAUGGAUGUCUCUUUGGUCGCAAUGGUGUGAUCCGUUGGUCCUUGGUACUGCAGUCCUGUUCCGGUCCUUUUGCUCCCGGACCCAUUUUGUCCCAGUCUCAUUCAGGCCAGGUACCAUUCGCUCCGAGUCCCAUCUGGUCCUUCCUUGUGCUUCAGGGAUGGAAAUUCUGGUGCGUUGGGUACUAGCGAGGCUCUGGCUUGUUCCGUUUGGUCAAGGCUCAGUCUUUUGUUCUGUUUGGUCCAAGUCCCAUCUGGUCCUUCCUGUGCUUCGGGGAUGGAGAUUCCGGCCCCAAGUCCCAUUCGGUUCUUCCUUGUGCUUCAGUUACCGAGAUUAUGGCCCCAAGUCCCUUUUGGUCCUUGUGCUAUAGCGAUGAAGAUUCUGGCCCGUUGGACACGAGCAAGGUUCUGUGUGGUGCUUUGUUGAUGAUACGGUAAAGGCUCAGCCUGUUAUGGGGAGGCAAAGGAUGCUACAAAUACAUGAGGGGGCAAUGAUAAGCUUGACGUGCCGCAGGAUCUUCAUCAGUUAACUGCCAAUUUUCCAUCCAAGCAUGUGAGUGGAUUGCAUGCAUAUGAGGGGGCAAUGAUAAGCUUGACGUGCCACAGGAUCUUUAUCAGUUAUGGGAAAUAACUGCCAGUUUUCCAUCCAAGCAUGUGAGUGGAUUGCAUGCAUACGAGGGGGCAAUGAUAAGCUUGACAUGCCGCAGGAUCUUUAUCAGUUAUGGGAAAUAAUAACUGCCAAUUUUCCAUCCAAGCAUGUGAGUGGAUUGCAUGCAUCUGGGCACUUGACGAGGGAGGGAGAAGCGACAGAGAAGGAGUCUGGUCGGGGAGGGAGGAGAAAGAGAGGAGACCGCUGUGUUUGGGAAGUGAGGAGGAGCAAACCGAGUAUGGAUGUCAUCUGAGAUCUGAGGGUGAGGAGGGGAUGAAGUCUGCAUGGCGUUGUGGUGGUGGUGUUUUUCUGUUGGCAGCUUGUUGUCGUUGUUGGCCAUCGGUGUUUUGCAUGAGGGGAUCGCAGCAUGCAUCUGGAGAUGUAAUCUGGAGCAUGGAGUCAACAAAGGAGGGAGGAGCGACACUGAAGAAAGGGGUGGGGUUGGGGAGGGAGGAGAACGAGAGGAGGAAACUGCUGUGUUGGGGAGCGAGGGGGAAGAGUGGAGAACCAGCAAGCAGAAUAUGGAUGUAUUGAAAGAAUUAGCAGGUGAUGAAAGUUCGUAUGGCAUUGUCGUGCAGUGGUUGGCCAUGGGUGUUUUGCAUGGUUCAUGCUUUUGCUAUUGCAAUCAGUGGAACGUUGAGGGUGCCCACUUUGCAAUGUGCAGCGAGCACAGCGCAAGAGAGGUGGUCAUAUCAUGGGGGCCGGGGGGAUGGGGGCUCCGUUUUGAAACCUUGAACCUCGUGGUUUGCAUAUAAUGCAACUGCAUUUGUUAACAUGGGAAGGCGAAAACUUGUCGUUGCCUGUGAAUCUUUGCAAUUCCUGUAUCAUUUUGGGUUGAAGAACGUUGUCCCAGUGCGUUCAGCUCCUCAUUUUGGCUUUCUGUUUUCGCACUUAUCAACCACAUA